CAUCCCCUUUAACUAUUAUCCAAACCCAACAACAUUUCUGAAGCUUGGCAUACACAGAAAUAGAAAAGCUCUCACCUUGCAGACAAUAUAGUAAUGGAAAACAAAGAGAGAAAGAUUAUGGUGGCUGUGGAUGAGAGCCAAGAGAGCAUGUAUGCACUUUCAUGGUGCAUCACCAAUCUUGUUACCGAUACCAACAAGCUUGUGCUUCUUUAUGUCAGGCCACCCUCUGCUUUCUACUCCUUGGAUGCUGCAGGGUAUAUCUUUUCCAAUGAUGUUAUUGAUGCUAUGGAAAAGUACAGUAUGCACCUGGUUAAUUCAGUGAUGGAAAGAGCUGAAGCCACAUGUAGAAAUUUGAAGGCUACAAAUGUGAACAUGGAAAGGGUAGUUGGGGUAGGAGAUGCGAAGGAUGUAAUAUGCAGCGUGGCGAAGAAACUAGAAGCUGAUACCUUGGUCAUGGGAAGUCAUGGCUAUGGAUUCCUUAAGAGGGCAAUCCUUGGAAGUGUUAGUGAUCACUGUGCCAAACAUGCAGAGUGUCCGGUUGUAAUCGUGAAGCACCCGUAAGAGAGAUUGGUUUUCUGGACAUAGCUUUAACUACUUCGUGUUGCUGCCUAUGGUUUGUGUAUAUAAGUUUUACUUUUAUUUUAUGUUUUUGCUGUGGUUGAAUCGUGGUAUAGGUUGUGUUCUAAAGGUUGGAAAUCAUGAAAUGACAUGAACGUGUGCUUUUGCCAAGU